AUGGUGGUCAUUUUGGAGAGCAUCCUUUCAGUCUUUGUGUGUAUUGGAGAGACACAGGUAGAAAUUGGAGCACGCUCUAUGUGGUGGUGGUGGUGGUUUUCUUCCUCAAAGUUUGUUGAUCCUAUUAAAAUACUGAUGCCAUCACUCUCCCCUACAAUGGAAGAAGGGAACAUUGUGAAGUGGCUGAAAAAGGAAGGUGAAGCAGUGAGUGCUGGAGAUGCAUUAUGUGAAAUCGAGACUGACAAAGCUGUGGUUACCUUAGAUGCAGGUGAUGAUGGCAUCUUGGCCAAAAUAGUGGUUGAAGAAGGAGCUAAAAAUAUACGGCUGGGUGCACUAAUUGGUUUGAUGGUUGAAGAAGGACAAGAUUGGAAGCAGGUUGAAAUUCCCAAAGAUGUAGGUCCUCCCUCACCAGCUGCAAAACUUUCAGUGCCUCCCCCUCCACCGGAACCACAGAUUUCUGUCCCCGUCAAAAAGGAACACACACCAGGGAAACUUCAGUUCCGUUUAAGUCCAGCAGCACGUAAUAUUGUGGAUAAAUAUGCACUUGACCCUAGCCAAGGCACAGCGACUGGUCCUCGGGGAAUAUUCACUAAAGAGGAUGCUCUCAAACUGGUAGAGUUGAAACAGAAGGGCAAGAUCCCUGACUCCAGGCUGACACCAGCCCCUCCAGUCCUUCCAGUCAUUCCUGCAGCACCCGUGCCUACGCCAGCUGCAGCAGGGCCAUCCUAUCCCCGGCCAACGAUCCCACCUGUAUCGACUCCUGGACAACCUAAUGCAGUGGGUACAUUCUCCAAAAUCCCUGCUAGCAAUAUUCGAAGAGUUAUUGCCAAAAGGUUAACUGAAUCUAAAAGUACUGUACCUCAUACAUAUGCUACUACUGACUGUGACCUUGGAGCUGUUUUAAAAGUAAGACAAGAUCUGGUCAAAGAUGACAUAAAAGUAUCAGUAAAUGAUUUUAUCAUCAAGGCAGCAGCUGUUACCCUUAAACAAAUGCCAGAUGUGAAUGUAAGCUGGGAUGGAGAGGGCCCAAAGCAAUUGCCCUUUAUUGACAUUUCAGUGGCUGUGGCAACAGAUAAAGGUUUAAUUACACCAAUUAUAAAAAAUGCUGCCGCUAAGGGUAUACGAGAAAUUGCUGACUCAGUAAAGGCUCUUUCAAAGAAGGCAAGAGAUGGAAAAUUGUUACCAGAAGAAUAUCAAGGAGGAUCUUUUAGUGUUUCCAACUUGGGGAUGUUUGGCAUUGAUGAAUUUGCUGCAGUGAUCAACCCACCUCAGGCCUGCAUUUUGGCUGUUGGGAGAUUCCGACCAGCACUGAAGCUCACUCAGGAUGAAGAGGGCAAUGCCACAUUGCAGCAGCACCAACUGAUAACUGUCACAAUGUCGAGCGACAGCCGAGUGGUAGAUGAUGAACUGGCUACCAGGUUUCUUGAAAGUUUUAAAGCCAACCUAGAGAAUCCUAUCCGGCUUGCCUAGUCCUCAAAGAUAAGAAGUUGGUCCUUGGCUCAGCUAAUUGGAUAGGUGUUGCCAAGAAACAUACACUAUAGAAGACAGGAUAUUUACGGACAAAGUAGAUGAAACAUUUAUUUAUUUAAGGCAAAAGAGUUUGGCGUAAGUUGUUUUCAUUAUCAGUUUGGGUUUAAUGUUCUAGAAAUAAAUGAUAAACUAUAACUAAUAAAGGAAAAAGAAUGUUUGGUUA